AAGGAGCAGGUGACAUCAGCGGCGUGUCACAGUUCACUGUGCACAGAAGCAUCAGAGAGGUGACAGGGGGCAAUGUACGCAAGUAGAGGUAACUUCAACUUCUUCUCCCCGAGGAGGGAAGAUUAAAGUGAAAGGGCAAGUGGAUUCACCAGGAUAGUGGGCUUCCUGAAGGUGCAGGGCACUAUCAACUACAUGUACAUAACUGGGCAGGUCUCCCAGGUCAAUACGGAGUGAUACUGCAACCUCAAGGACUAUCAUUCCGUCAGUUUGUAGUUGGUGUGCAGCUGCACCAAGAAAGUCACCUCUGUGAACGUCCACUAUCCUGGCAGCAACUAUAAUGCUUUCAUCCAACAUCAGUCAGAUAUAACCAACAUCUUUGGGUCUCCAAAAUAGACAACAGGAUGGCUGCUCUGCAACAAGGACUACCCCUUCCACGCAUGGUUUAUGUCCCACCUUCUGCCCCCGCUUCCUGCCAUAUCACCGCAUGAGUCAGAGAGCCUUCAAUUAAAUUCAUCGAGUCACCCACAACAAGAGAAGCAUACUAUCAAUCUCCUAAAGUUUUCUCUGAUUAGAUCGCUGGGGAGAAUCUCUGCAGCACAUGCACAAAGAAGGCCUCCAUGUUUAUGGUGGUGUGCUGCAUCCUCCACAACCUAGCCAUUCUGACAGCCCAGCAAUUUUCUCCUGGGAUCCAAAGGGAGAAGGAGCAGGAGGAAGAAGAGGUGGAAAUGGAAGAAGAAAGGACACCAUCUCCACCAUGUGCAACUAGAUGGAGUGAGAGGGAGCAAAGAUAACUUCUCCAGGGGUGAAGGCAUACACUGUGAUAUUUGACAUCAAAGAAACCUUCUGCCAAGAACAAGUGGAGCUGCGAGCUUGUCCAUUCAAAUCUGACAGUGAUGCUUCUGUGGGUAUGUGUGAAGCAGAAGUCGUCUUUGAAUUUGGGUUCCAAAUUAAAGUGCCCGAGACACCUUUAUGUAACCUAAUAAAGCCUGUGAAAAGAGUUGUGGAGACUGUUGCUGUUACUUGUGAAGGUUGCCCGGUAUCUGUAACCCUUGACAACCCUUUGGUGAAAGCAUCUGUGGAAUUAGCAGUGAAAGCCUUCAAUGACGAAAAUAAAAAGAAGAGGACGUUCACUCUUAACAAGAUUAUUUACGCGAUAAAGGAGGUGGUAAUAGGAGAGAGAUACUGGGUGCAUUUUCAAAUUCAGGAGACAGAAUGUCAAGAGGACAGAAAUGAGUUUUCAUCUGAUUGCCCAAUUAAAGCCAAGGAUGAAGCAGUGCUGGGACACUGCUCUGCAGAAGUUCUAUUUCCAAUUGGCAAAACUAAAGGUCAUCUGAUAGGAUUACCCAAAUGUCAGCUCUUCCAGCUGAUUGUGGAUGAAGAUGUUGAUGGGUUGUCAUGCGUUGGUUGCCGAUUGCCCUUGAAGACUAAUGACCCCAGAGUACACAGGACUGUAGAGCAUGCCAUUUCUAAAUUCAAUGACAACAGCGGGCAGCUUUACAAAUUUGCUUUGGCUCGAGUUCUUUCAGCAGAACAUGAGACUUCUGCAGGAGAGAUAAUUACUUUGAAUUUUACACUUAUUGAAACCACCUGUCUGAACAAUAAUGACACAGCACAAGACAUGUGUGGACCAAAGAUUCCUGCAACAGCAGGCUCUGCUAUCUGUUUAACUAAGCAAAACUAUGACAUCUUUGGAGAACUAUUAUACCACAGAUUAAGGUGCAAUGUGACGCAAGACUGGACAGUGCAUGCAAUUGAUGUCACGGAAGUGUUCAGAAAUGGAACAGAUUCCUUGGAAUUUCAGCCUGAGAAGCCAGUAACAUCUGAACCCACAAUGAAAUCCCCUGUUAAUCCCACAACUGAGCACCCAACUGAACCACUUGCUGAGUCUCAAAACUCAGCAGAAUUGCUGAGCUUGGUGAAAGAGGCUAAGCCCAUUGUACCAAUUGAAAUCACCGAAUCUGAUCUGUUAGAUGAGUAAGAAAGGAAAAGGUGUAGAAAAGAGCUUUCUGAUUCACGCUUAUUUUUAACCAAAUCUUUUGGUCUGAUUGUGAUUUUUGGUCUGAUGGCAACAUAUACCAAUAAAACAAUGAGACUCUGUGAUCGGAAUGGCAAAGCACAUACUUACAAAUUUCUAACUUUCUGACAAUGUACAAAUGGAAUAAAAUAAAAACUGCUAGAAAUACACAGCAAGUCAAUAGCAUUUGAAAAGAGGAAAGAUAAGUUAACAUUUUCUAUGUAAACCCUUUAAAAAUCUAAAACAUCUCAGUGAAACCAAUAAAUAAUUAGAAAACAA